CACUGCUGACUGUGGACAUGGUUUGCAUUUCUCUUUCUCCUCACAAAUUACAGGCCUGUAUUACUUGUCCACAGCAGUUUGAGAUGUGGGCAUGUCAGCUGCUGAUCCCCUCUGUUAGCCUCUUCCACAUGCAGGCAUCGCUCCCUGAACAAAUAUAUAAAUUUCAUGGCAUCACAUGUUUAUACACAUGUGAUAUGUUAGAGAGAACCUCUGGGCCCUGUGCUAUUGAAAAACAUGUGUCCCUCAAGAGAAACACAGAGACUAUUUUCCCAGAAAGGCCCCCGAAAAAAAGAAGCAUCCUGUGCUUUCCCUCACAUCUGGAUGACCCAGAGGUUAGAUGCAGAAGUUCAAAGAAUGUGUUGACAUUUGUCUCUGAUAGCACCAUUGGAAUGAAGGCUGUGUAAUGUGACAAAGCGAUUGCAGUGCGGAGACCAAAAAGAAGCUUGUUGCCUCGAGCAAGUGAGUAUACGUUCAACAGAGUGGAGUGAAUAAGAACUAAUAGUUUGCUGGGUAAGUUGGCAGAUGGGGGAAGGGUCCUGUAGAAUGACUCAGACCCUAUCAAAACCAGCAGGGAGGAGAGAUGAUGAGAGAGGGAUGGACAGAGAAGAUCAGGGGUGGAGAGUCUGAGGGAAAACCAACCUCUUUUACACCACCCGAGACUCUCCGUCAGCAAAAAUCUUAAUGUGAUCAAGAUGGAAGCUUUUGCGAGAGUCCUCGCUGUGCCCCGGCUCUCCGCCUGCCUUUGGGGUGUUCACUGCCUUCAUGAUGGUUUCACAGCGAAAACAUUGGCUGGAAUUUACAGAGUGGCUUACAGAAACCAGCAGUGAAGACGGAACUGGAAAAUAUGGAUUCACACUAGCCAAAGUGCACCGGUUUCAUCUUCAGGACGAAUGAGAAGAAACUCAUUUCUGGAUUACUAUAAGAUUUUACAUUUCAGUCACUGGAAUACUGACUCAAAUAUAUUGACAACUGUGGAGAGUGGACAUGCGGCAUCAUUGAGGAGGAUUUACUUUUCCAUUCCAUUGUUGGAAUAUUCAAGCUUUCUAACACACUAUGUUUUGGAGUAACGUUGCUGAACUGAAAACCAGCUGCAGGUUCAUGCAGAGGCUGCGAAUGGUUCUCAGUCCUAUCCACUGUGGCUUCUAGGCAGCAAAAGGUCUGUUUAUCCAUUUCAACUGGAAGAACUUUUUAUGACCCUGCAAGUCUUCCAUAAUGCCAGUCGCCUUUCGCAAAAGAAGUUGGGAGGAACAUGUGACUCAUCCAAGAGGAUUGCACUACAGCUAUGAUGACCUGGAUCUGGUCUGCUGUCAUGGCAGUGAUGGUCUCUGGCUUGGCUUAGAGGGCUCCAAGCAAGGACGUCGGUCAAGAUGUGCCUCCUUGCCAGAGAGCUGCCAUCAAGCAGAGCAGAGUGUGGAAGUAAUGAAUUCUUUUCAUUUAAAAGCAGAUGCUUCAGACAUUGUAAAGGUCGAGCUGGACUCACCGGCGGACGCCAUUCAUUCGACGGUGGAUACCAUUUCAGAUCAGGUCUCAAGUAUAGAACAUGCCAAUACUGACAGUGUUUACUUUGGCAAUGGGGUGUCAAGUGAAAAUAUUAUUGGUGCAACGGAUAGCUCUCAUAACUCACUUGACACCGACGGUGAAACAACAGGUCAAAUCUGCAGUAAUGGCAACAAUGUCAGUGGCUCAAAUGCUUUGCUCCCACUGUCCCAAAGAACUGCUGAAGAGAACAGGAAUAUUCCAGAUGGUGAGGAAACAAGAAAAAAUCCUAGCACUUGUGAGGUCACACAGGAGGAUUUAUCAGUAUCUACAUUGCAUCAUCUAACUGAUGCCCCAACUUCUGACAAAGAGAGGAUUGUUUCAUCUGCAAACACACAUGCUGGUGUGUUACAUAAACCUGAUCAUUCAAUGUCACUCGUGAGCAAUAAUGGUCAGCUAAAUGAAGCCUCUGAGAUUGAUGGAAACUGUGACCCAGGAAAUUCUGGAACCUGGAAGUUGAAUUUGAGUGAAGAGGCUGUAUUGAAUGGCCAUGAAUGUCUAAGUGGAAAAGCAGGUCAGGAUUUUCAUGACGGAAAAGGACUGCAGGAUCAGGUUUGCGAUGGUGAAGUACUCCUCCAGAUACCACGCGGAGAGCUGAAGGUUGAAAUGACAGCAACUGAAAACCCUCAGGGAGAAGAACACAAUAGCAGUGAGAAAUCUGCAGAAGAAAUUACAUGUGAUCCUGUGACAUCAUUGGAUAUUUGCGAAGAUCUGGGCACUGACCACACAGAGCAAUUAGAAUGUGAAGAUGAUGGUUGCACAAAUGAAAACCCUUUCACAGAAAAGGUCUCGGCUUCAAGCCUAGUUAAAGAAUCUGGAAACCUGAAUGAAGAGGCAGAGCAAGUAAAAGACAGCGACGAUCAUAACUCUCCCGAACUUGAUCGUGGUGGAGAAGAUGUUGACAAAACAGCAUGUGACACACAUCCUCUCUCGAACAAGGUGAGCUCAGGCAGUUUACCCGACGUGCAAGCAUUGAACACAGAAAUGGAUGACCCAGUCAACCAAGCGUCCAAGUGCUCUGAUAAUGUCGAGAGUGUGAUUCCACAAGGUCACUUCUGUGAGUCACCUGUUUUGGACGGUGCAGAUGGCCAGAGCCAGUGCUCUCAGCUUGAGGACAUCAGCUGUAAGAUGGAGGAGUCAGUGCAGGCGGAUCUGACAGUUCUGUGUGGUGACACACAAAUUGUCAGGUCAGACUCAAUGGAGACGGACAGACAUGAAGAAAAAACUACUGUUAAAGUGCGGACGAAAAAGCAUGAGCACGCUCGAUUGGACUCAAUGGUGUUGCUGCUGAUGAAACUGGACCAACUGGACCAGGAAAUAGAGAAUGCUCUCAGUGCCACGUCUUCAAUGAACAGCACUCCCAUGGUGCAGCGACGACAACUCCUGGAGUUGGAUUCCACAUCUUUACCUGAACCAAAUCCUUCGUGUCCGAAUACUACCUCUAGUUUGGAACUCACACCAGCUGUGAGAGCAAAACCAAAGACUGGGAACUGUCAUACCAUUCCAGAGAAAGAAAAAGCCGAGAUUGAAGCCAAAGAAGCAUGCACCUGGCUGCGAGCCGCUGGGUUCCCACAGUACGCACAGCUUUAUGAAGAUGCCCAGUUUCCCAUUGACAUCUCCUCCGUUACCAGAGACCAUGACUUCCUCAACCGAGAUGCUAUUGAGGCGCUCUGCAGGAGACUCAACACCCUCAACAAGUGCGCUUUAAUGAGACUUGAGAUUUCCCCUCAAAGAAAACGAAGCGAAGACUCAGAUGAGGAUGAGCCAUGUGCCAUAAGUGGUCGCUGGACCUUCCAAAGAGACAGCAAGCGCUGGUCCCGACUGGAGGAACUCGAGGUUUUCUCCUCACUCUACACAGAUGCUGCACAACCUACAUUCCCAAAGACCCAAAUUACUCAAAAAAGCAAGCUCACCCUCUGCGAAGGAAACAGUUCAGAGAGCGUGUUGAGCGAUCUCAGUGAACAGCCCGAAGUGGGCUCCAUCCACAGCAGUGGGAGUGGGGGGAGGCUAGAGAAGAGUCGGAAUACCAGCCUUCACUCGCCAAAUGAAGCCGCAUCAGUUGGUGCCACUCGCGCCAGUUCUGUUGCAAGCAUGUGUUCGUCGUCGGGCACCGGCGGGUCGGGAUGUGCCAAUGAGGACUCGCUGUCCGACGGAUUGCCUCCGUCUCCCUUGGAAACCCUCGGACACUUUAACUUUGAUGUGAAAAUGGGAAUGGGAGGUGGAAGUCUGGACCGGAGCGGAGGUAGUGGCAAGAGCACUCGCUCUCGGGCCAAGAGCUUCUUAAAAAGGAUGGAGAGCCUACGACUUCGCAGUGGCAGUUCAUCUAAGAGAAAGAAGAAAGGGGGCGCCGGUAAGAUUGAGAUCAGCGGUCCGGUCAUCAAAGAGGGACUGGAUGAGGAUAAGCUCCAGAGGCUCAACUGCGUGGACAUCUCCAGCAUAAAUCUCAACCAGAAUCUCAACAAUUACCGGAAUCCAACUCAGACAAUGACUCUAAAUCGCAAUCGCUCUGUGUCAUAUUCGACUCAAACUAGCAACGGCAGUACGGGGAGUUCUGGGAGCAGCCAGUCUGAAGCCAGCAGUGGAAGCGCAGUGAGCACCCCGAGCCCAGUGACUCGCGCCCGCAGUCACAGCACGGCAGCCGGCUCAUCUAAGAGGGGAGGAAUGUAUUUAGAAGGGUUUGACCCCUUCAGCAUUGUUCAGCAAGCUUCAGAACCAACACCUCCUCCCAAGUCCGCCCCACCCGUGCCCUGUCGGGCCACCAACGGUAUGACUGUGAUGGAGCAGAAUUGCAAGAACAAUCACAGCGACAAAAGCAGACAAGUGGAGGAAGAAGACGACGGCAUGAUCUUCUUCUAUUUACCGGAAGGUCACAAGCCGGGAACUUUCCCUAAAGCACUUCGGGACGGGAGUUCACGCAACAACAAUGGGAAUGAUAAUGGGAACUCAGUCAUCCUCAGGGGGCGACAAAGCAGACGUCAACGUCACACCUCUUCUGGCUCCGUGGACAGCCGGCUGAGCUUUUAUGAUAACGUCCAGUACACUGGAAGGGAGGAAGAUGUUGAGGAAGAGGAGGGGAACGAACGGAAACUCGAUGAAGUGCUGCAACAUGUCAGCGGCCUGCAGCACUUUGUUAACGCAUGGUCCGAGGCUGUUGCUCGGGAAGAGGAGGAGGACGACGAUGAGGAGGAAGGAGACUCAGACUCUGCCUUGGACUCUGCCUCCCCUUGCCCGUCCUCUCCCUUGCAGAACCAACUUGAGGAGACCGAGAACGGAAGUGAUCAGGACAGCACCGGAAAUCCUCUGGGUGAGGGAGAAGAUGGGAAUCGGGAGAGAAGAGAUUCUGGUGUUGGAGCAUCUCUAACAAGAACCAGCAGGCCGCAGAAGAUGCGGUGGCCGAGCUUCCAGAACUCUCAUCGGCCCAGUUCGGCCUCAGCCCAGCUUCAGAUCAGCUGCCAGUCGGUGUUGCAGAUGAAUCUGCUGCAAAAGCUUUCCCUGCUUCAACUCACUGCCUUGCUGGAGAGACACACCCCAACCAACAAACACGGAUUCAGCUGGGCAGUUCCAAAGUUUAUGAAGCGGAUCAAGGUGCGCGACUACAAAGACAGGAAUGUGUUCGGUGUGCCGCUACAAGUCAUCGUUCAGCGCACCGGUCAGCCCCUCCCUCAAGGCAUUCAGCAGGCUAUGCGCUACUUAAGAAACCAAUGCCUGGACCAGGUCGGUCUGUUUAGGAAAUCGGGAGUUAAAUCCCGAAUCCAGGCCCUUCGCCAGAUGAACGAGGCUAGCGGAUCGGACGGGGGAGCUAUCAGCUAUGAGGGGCAGUCGGCCUACGACGUGGCUGACAUGCUGAAGCAGUAUUUCAGGGACUUACCAGAACCUCUGCUCACGAGCAAACUCUCCGAGACCUUCCUCCAGAUAUAUCAAUACAUGCCUAAAGAGCUGCGCCUACAAGCCGCUCGCGCCGCUGUUCUCCUGCUGCCCGACGAGAACCGCGAGGCGCUGCGGACGCUCCUCUGUCUCCUGAGCGACGUGACGGCCAGCGUGGCAGAGAAUCAGAUGACCCCGACCAAUCUGGCCGUGUGCUUGGCUCCGUCUCUGUUUCAUCUCAAUACCCUGCGGCGCAAAGAGAGCUCCUCACCCAGGGUGAUGAACAGGAAGCCGACACUGGGGAAACCAGACCAGAGGGACUUGAACGAGAACCUGGCUGCGACUCACGGCCUGGCACACAUGAUCCAAGAGUGCAGGAAACUAUUUCGGAUCCCAGAGGAAAUGAAUCGCUGCAGGAACUCGUAUGUGGAACAGGCUCUGCUGCCGCGGCCUCUGGAGGAACUUGGCGGUGAAGAGGCCGGACAGCAGGGGUACCGGGCGUUUCUCCGAGACAGCAUGGACGCGCUGCUGAAGGAGGCGAAGGACAAGUUCAGGGGUUACGACAGCUUCUCCACCCCUGAGCAAGUCGAGCUGUCCUGUCGAAAGGUGCAUGACGGGUUUCCACUCAGGCUGUGGAAGGCAACGGUUGAAGUGCCUGCAGCUCCAGAGGAGGUCUUAACUCGGGUGCUACGAGAGCAGGGCCACUGGGACGAAGACCUGUGUGAGAGCCGGGUGGUGGAGACCCUGGACGAGAGGACAGAGGUGUACCAGUACGUCCGCAACACCAUGGCUCCACACCCUUCCAGAGACCACCUGGUGCUCAGAACCUGGAUCACAGACCUGCCGAAGGGGGCGUGCGCUCUGGUCUGCACCUCGGUGGAUCAUGAUGCAGCCUCAGUCCUGGGGGUCCGCGUUAAUGUCCUCACCUCACGCUACUUUAUUGAACCCUGUGGAGGCAACAAGUCCAGACUGACACACAUUUCCAGGAUCGACUGCAGGGGUCGGUUCCCAGAGUGGUACAAUAAAUUAUAUGGACACUUGAGUGCUGCUGAGGUGGCGAGGAUUCGUGACUCCUUCACUUCGCCGGUGGAAAAAUAAGAAGACUCACUUGGACCUGAGCGUCUCCUUGGCUAAAAGUCAUCUCUGGACUCUUUUGUUUUCAUCGGCACCACAGUUUUCUGUUGUUUUUUUGUUCUGUGCUCUCGUGACGUCAGAGUUCAGGGGCCAAACCAAUGGAUGUUUAUAGGAUGAGCUUAAGAAUCUACCAAACGGGUGCUACUGCUUCUGAGAAGCAAAAACGUGUGUGAGAGCAAGACGUGUGUGUAUGUGUUGCAAAUUCACUUCAUAAUCUUUGCACUGGCUUCCAGUUGUACAUACACAAUCAGCUGACUCGGUAAUACUCGUCUGUGCGGCGGCUACUCUCGCUCACCGUUGGCACGAAGCACACUAGUUGAUAUUAGAGUGAAGAAGAAUGGUUCAGUGCGGACUUGUGGAGUAAGGAGAGAUGUUUUGGACAGAUUAAGUGAGAUGGGAAUCGGUGGCUGGCUCACCAACCAGAAAGUGAAUGACUUCAAAGGACAAGAUGCGAACAAAGAAGCCACGCUACCAUGCUAGCAAGCUAAUCUCUCACUGGCGCUGCAGAUGGAUUUUCACGCAGAGGAUGAUGUGUGUAGACCUUUUGAAGUCCUGUAAUGUUGCUGCUUCUGGAAAAUGUGAAACGUAGCUUUAGGUGGGCGUCACACACCUGCGUUUCAUUCCAUUGUGAUGGUUUGCUGCUAACAAAAAUGGCCGCCCUCUUUGCUGUUUUCCUUUGAUCUUGCCAAAAUCAACGUAGAAAUGCACAAGUUGACUAAGGAGUGUCGCAGUUCAAUUUGCCAAGUGGAUUCCAAAUUUGAUUCCAAAAAGUUAAUGAUGACAUCACUUUAGUCAUGUGACCAACGGCUACAACGGACCAAACUAAAAAAACAAGCUACUGCUACUUCUGGACUCAUAAUCCCGUACGUACAUUGAAGAAGUAACAGUGCAACGCCCAAAGGUGUAACACUAACUCGUAUCAGAGACACCCACAGGUCCUUUUAUAAAGGUGGACAUUUUACAGGUUUUACUGUAAAGACGAGAGCCGAUUGAAUGUUUGAAGGAAAAGGUUUCGUAUCUCAGCGCUAUCACAGUAUUGCAAAAAACACUAUGUAACACUCACAUCCGCUCAUAUCCUCGACGUUGUAAUGUGUCUCUACCAAACAGUAACGCAUGACAGUUAAUUUAAGUGUAUUUAUACCUCAGAUAUGUUUGUCGUGUGUCAUAGUUAUUUUAUUGUAAAUGUUACGCCUCGUGUUACAGAAACGAACAAAUGUUUUAUCUUUUCUAUUAAUAUUAUUUCUGUACAGGUUAAUCAAAGUGCACUAUUAAAUGUAUUAUGAUAAUAA